UGCGUCCUCCCGGAAGUCCGCGCGUGCGGUUUCCAGGGAGCAGGAAGCGGGCCGGGUCGGGAUCGGCGGCGCGGAGCUCGGGCCGCGCGAGGCGGGCGGCCAUGUCGGCCUUCGACGCGAACCCCUUCGCGGACCCGGUGGACGUGAACCCCUUCCAGGACCCUUCAGUUACGCAGUUGACAAACGCUAACCGUGGUGGCCUCAAUGAAUACAACCCCUUCUCUGCGAGCUCGCAGAUGAUGAAUGCCGCUCAGACGAUUCCAGCAACCCAGCCCACGGGGCCUUCCCAGCCUGCGGUGUUGCAGCCCUCCGUGGAACCCACUCCCCAGUUGCUGCUUAGACAGGCCAGCAAGUACCUGACUCCUAAGUUCAUCUCAGCAAGCUCAGAAGGCUCAGAGAGGCAGAGGUUGCUAGGAGAAGACAACAUCUCUCAGAGUAACCACCAGUCUGUCGCCUCGGCAGCACAAGCUGAGCUCCUUCAGCAGCAGGAGGAACUGGAAAGGAAAGCGGCCGAGUUGGAUCGAAAGGAGCGCGAGCUUCAGAACAGCGCAGCAGGCUUCAUCCCGAGACAAGAUAACUGGCCUCCGCUUCCAAAGGGCUGUCCGAUCAAGCCUUGUUUCUAUCAGGACUUCUCCGUAGACAUCCCAGCUGACUAUCGGCGAACCUGCAAGAUGCUGUAUUACCUGUGGAUGUUUCACUCAGUUACCCUGCUCCUCAACCUGCUCGCCUGCCUGGCCUGCUUCACAGUAGACUCCAGCCACGGACUAGAUUUCGGCCUGUCCAUUCUGUGGUUUGCCUUGUUCACACCCUGCGCAUUCCUCUGCUGGUAUCGGCCAAUUUACAAGGCUUUCAAGUCUGACAGCUCCUUCAGUUUCUUUGUGUACUUCUUCGUAUUUUUUUGCCAAAUCGCUGUCUACAUCAUCCAGAUGAUCGGCAUACCUGACAUUGGGACCAGCGGCUGGAUUUCAGCGCUCUCGGAGACAGGGAAGAACCCGGCCGUGGCCAUUAUCAUGAUGGUGGUGGCGGCCUUCUUCACCAUCUGCGCCGUUCUCGCCCUCUUCCUGCUGAAGCAGGUCCAUUCCCUGUAUCGCCGGACGGGGGCCAGCUUCCAGAGAGCCCAGGAGGAGUUCUCGCAAGGCAUCCUCUCCAACCGGAACGUCCAGACAGCCACAGCCGGGGCAGCAUCCGCCGCUGCCCAGAGUGCUUUCCGGGGGAACUGAAACUUCCGGUCGCGUUCCCUUCCGCACUUGCUCUAAUCACUCCCUGGUCUUUAACCCCCCAGGAUGGGAUGCGCCUCCCCACGGGUGCCAGUCUUAAUUCUGAGACGCUUGCAAGAAGAGGUUUCCCUCAAGCAUCGCGCUGCCGGCCCCAGUGACUCGUAGGUCGGAAUGGCCAGGGUCAGGGCAGUGCUUUGCCUGUGGGGGGCGGGGUUCCCUUCCCGAAAUCAAAUAUAUUUUCCCUUAGAUCUGGAUGUUUACAACAGUUAUUUCACCUCCCUGCCUUGCCUUUUAUCACGGGGUUGAGGAAGCCAAUUUUGAGCUCCUCUUCCCAGGUAGUUGCUGCAAAGUUUGGCUCCCAGUUCUUGCCCCCCCCCCCCCCCCGCAGCAGUCCCGCUAAGGGUACUGACAGCAGUCGCUGCCCUCGAUGUCUUAGAUAUUUGAAUUAGCUGCUGAUCUCUCACUGGCGGUGUGCGAGGGGGGGUCUGGCGCUAGUUUUUGGUGGACACGUGCACACGCAAACACACCGCAGUGCACUUCUUGCUCGAUCUUCCACGCUGCAUUGAAUGCAACUCGAAGGCAGGAGAUUGGUUCCCAGAGCCUCCACCCCCGAUGCUGGCAGGGGUCGGGGGGUCCUCCUCGUGGGCACAUCCUUUGCCAUAGCUUUACAGUCUGGGAGAGACGGGACAGGGCUCCUUCGCCAGCUCACUGGCUGCCUUAAGAGUCCCCAGCACCGGACAAACAGGGCAGUGAACUUCACCAACUGUAGACGUCCGUGAUCUGGCACCGAUUUCAGAAGCUGCCCUCCCUCGGCCUGCAAGUGUUUCUCCCCUUCCCCAUCCAGCUGCCUCCUCUUGACAGCCCGGGGAGCCAAGGAUUCCGGGAGAGGUGGAAGUCUUGUCCAAAGGAAGGAUCUUGCGGGAGCACCUGCUUUCUUAAAAGUGGGUGUGGAAGGCGGGCGUAGCCGUCCCGCUCCGUCUGGUAGCAGCCAGCCGUGCUCACCUUUGAGGAGCUGCUGGCCUGGCCGUGCGUUCGGGGUGGUUUGAGCAACAUGCGUUCACCCGGAGGGGGUUUCUGCACCAAACAAACUACUGAUUCCACAACUCUUCUACAUGUUCCUCCUCGGGGAGGAUUCCAUUUAUCCUGACACGUUGCACAGGGUGAUUUUUUUCCCCUCUAGAUUUGCUCUGGGAGGAAAACCCUUAACAUUUCAGUGGGAGCCAGUUGAAUAUUCACUCGACUAUAAGUCACUCCUGAGAGCUGAGUGAGGGCGAAUGAAUGGAAAGGUGGGUUUAUCCCCCCCAGGCGGGAUUGCAAGGGUCGCGAAGCAUGAACCUGGUAACACUCCUGACCUCGGAGGUGGACAUUACAGAGGGGUGGAGGAAACGCGCCUCGGCCAUUAAUCGAUCCUUGAGGAAUGGGGGGGAGGGAGGCGUGUGGGAUCGCACUGCCAUGCUUGCGGGAGACCCCGGAGCAGAACUCGGACUCGAGGGCCGCUGGGCAUGGCUGGAACAAGUCUCUGGAAGCAGGCACGAGCCAGGGCACCUCGAAAUCCUUGCUUUGGUUUUUGUCCCCAAGAGUGGCGCUAGGGGGGAAUCUGGAUGACUAGAACAUUGCUUGAAGACACUAAGGGCACGAUCCUGUGCAUGUUUAGGGGCAGGGCAGGGGCUCCCCAUGCAGGCAUGCUAGCUGGCAACCGUAGGGCCUUCCAAACGGCUCUAAAUGAUCUGUUGCUCUGUUUUUCCCUGGCUGAAGUGAUGCAAAAUAGAUGCGGAAUUUCAGCAGAUGAGUGGCCUGCAAGCGACACUUAAUGGAUUUGAAGUAAAGGGAAUGUUCGGAGGAGCAACUCUUGCCUACUGGUUUUCUUUGCUUUUGCUCAUCUCUGUCUCCAUGUCUUCCCCCACACCCUUCCCAAGGUAGUCCCCUGCUUCUUCCAGGCCUCCCUUGGGAGCGCUGAUGCACCCCGAUACAUCCAAGGGAAGUAUUUCUCAGCUUCUCUCCUUUUUAAUUAUUUUCUUCUCUGAAUUCAUGUAAUGAUGGCAGAAAUGAGAUUUUUAAAAGUCUUCCCUCCUUGGGUGCAUUUCCACCUCUUUGAUCUUUUUCAUGUAAAAAUGUAUAUGUCAAACUUUUGUGGUUAAAUACAGAAUAAAAAUGUCGAGACUGUUA